AUGAAUUGUUGGUUAUUGCUGCCUUUUAUGUUGGGAAUUCCUCUCCUAUGGCCUUGCAUUAUAGCAGCAGAAAACAAAACAGAGGAGGUGAGGCACCCAGCGGGAUCUCAUUUGAGAAUCAGGCGUGGCUGGAUGUGGAACCAGUUUUUUGUACCAGAGGAAAUGAAUAAGACCAGACAUCACAUUGGCCAGCUAAGAUCUGAUUUAGACAAUGGAAACAACUCUUUCCAGUACAAGCUUUUGGGAGUUGGAGCUGGAAGUAUUUUUGUCAUUGAUGAAAGAACAGGUGACAUAUAUGCUGAACAGAAGCUUGAUAGGGAGGAACGGUCCCUCUACACUCUCAGAGCCCAGGUAAUCGACACCAAUACUGGAAGGGCUGUGGAACCUGAGUCUGAGUUUGUCAUCAGAGUGUCGGAUAUCAAUGACAAUGAACCAAAAUUCCUAGAUGAACCUUAUGAGGCCAUUGUACCAGAGAUGUCUCCAGAAGGAACAUUAGUCAUCCAGGUGACAGCAAGUGACGCUGAUGAUCCUUCAAGUGGCAAUAACGCUCGUCUUGUGUACAGCUUACUACAAGGUCAACCAUAUUUCUCCAUUGAACCAACAACAGGAAAAAUAAGAAUAUCUUCUAAAAUGGAUAGAGAACUGCAAGAUGAGUAUUGGGUGAUUAUUCAAGCCAAAGACAUGAUUGGUCUGCCUGGAGCACUGUCUGGAACAACAAGUGUAUUAGUCAAACUUUCUGAUGUCAAUGACAAUAAACCCAUAUUUAAAGACAGUUUAUAUCGCUUGACUGUCUCUGAAUCUGCACCUGUUGGGACGUCUAUAGGAAAAAUCAUGGCAUAUGAUAGUGACAUAGGAGAGAAUGCAGAAAUGGACUACAGCAUCGAAGACGAUUCAAGAACAUUUGACGUCAUUACCAAUAAUGAAACCCAAGAAGGAAUAAUUAUACUAAAAAAGAAAGUGAACUUUGAGGACCAGAACCACUACCGUAUUAGAGCAAAAGUUAAAAACCCCCAAGUUGAUGAGCAACUCAGGGAAUACCACACUGAAGCUUCCACCACUGUCAUCAAGAUCCAGGUGGAAGAUGUUGAUGAGCCUCCUGUUUUCCUCCUCCCAUAUUACAUCUUUGAAAUCUUUGAAGAAUGCCCUCACGGAUCUUCUGUAGGCACGGUCUCUGCCACUGAUCCUGAUCAGAGGAAAUCUCCUAUUGGAUAUUCUAUUGCCAGAAGUGAGGUGUUCAGUGUUGAUGACAAUGGCACAAUCUUUAUAACUAACCGACUUGAUCGAGAGACUAGUGCUUGGUACAACCUAAGUGUUACAGCCACGGAAAAAUACAAUAUAACACAAAUUUCUUCAGUCCCUGUCUAUGUACAAGUUCUCAAUAUCAAUGAUCAUGCUCCUGAGUUUUCUGAAUACUAUGAGACUUACGUUUGUGAAAAUGCAGUCUCUGGUCAGGUGAUUCAGACCAUCAGUGCAGUGGAUAGAGAUGAAUCCAUAGAACAUCACCAUUUUUAUUUCAAUCUGUCUGUGGAAGAAAAUAACUCGAGUUUUACAAUCUUAGAUAACCAAGAUAACACAGCGGUAAUUUUGACCAAUAGAACUGGCUUUAGCCUUCAAGAAGAGCCUGUUUUCUACGUAUCCAUCCUAAUUGCUGACAAUGGAAUCCCAUCACUUACAAGUACAAACACCCUUACCAUACACGUGUGUGACUGUGGUGAUGCUGAUAGCACACAGACCUGCAGUCAUAAGGAUUUUAUGCUUUCCAUGGGAUUCAGGGCAGAAGUCAUAACUGCCAUUCUGAUAUGCAUUAUGAUAAUAUUUGGGUUUGUUUUUCUGAACCUCGGUCUGAAACAACGGAGGAAACAGACUCUGUUUCCUGAGAAAAGUGAAGAUUUCAGAGAGAAUAUAUUCAGAUACGAUGAUGAAGGUGGCGGAGAGGCGGACACGGAGGCCUUCGACAUCGCGCAGCUGCGGGGCAGCGCGCUGAUGCGGGGCCGGAAGCCCCGCAGAGCCUCCAGGGCGGAGAUGCGCAGCCUGUACCGGCAGUCUCUGCAGGGCGGCCCGGACAGCGCGGUGUUCAGGAAGUUCAUUCUGGAAAAGCUGGAAGAGGCUGACACUGACCCUUGUGCCCCGCCUUUCGACUCCCUCCAAACCUAUGCUUUUGAGGGAACAGGAUCCUUAGCUGGAUCCCUGAGCUCCUUAGACUCCGCAGUCUCUGAUCACGAUGAGAAUUAUGAUUAUCUUAACCAACUGGGACCUCGCUUUAAAAGAUUAGCGUGCAUGUUUGGUUCCGCUGUGCAGUCAAAGAAUUAG